AACAAAUCAAACUACAAAUCAUAACAUAACAUCAUCCACCGAUGUCUUCCACCAAUGAACCCACCGGAGCCCAAAAAAACGGUGUUCCGAUGACCGGCAAACCGACGUCGGUUGGACAACAAGUGCUAGACAAAGGAGCACAGAUGUUACAAUCUUUCAAACCCAUCAAUAACAUGAGUCAACAUGCUUGUACUUUUGCUUUGUAUAGUCAAGAUAUGACUCGACAAAUCGAGACUCACCACUUUGUUACACGAGUUAAUCAGGACUUCCUGCAGGCUGCUGUUUACGACUCCGAUGAUUCCAACGCACGGCUCAUCGGGGUAGAGUAUAUUGUUUCUGAUGCCAUCUUUGAAACAUUGCCACCUGGGGAACAAAAAUUUUGGCAUUCUCAUGCUUAUGAGAUAAAGUCUGGUCUUUGGAUACACCCACGAAUGCCGGAAAUGAUAGUCAUGCCGGAGCUAAAAAACCUAGCCAAAACCUACGGCAAGUUUUGGUGCACAUGGCAAACCGAUAGAGGCGACAAGCUUCCAAUCGGGCCGCCGUCGUUGAUGAUGUCCCCACAGUCCGAAGGCAUUGGCGUGGUGAAACCAGAGUUGGUGAAGAAAAGAGACGACAACUACAAGCUAUCGAAGGACGAUUUGGUGAAGUCGAGAGUUGAGAUAGCAGAGCCGGAGUGGAUAAACCCGACUGCUGAUUACUGGAGACAACACAAGAAAUGUUUUGAAGUGGACAUUGAAAGUACUGAGAUCAAGACACAUACUGAUUACAAGUGAGUUGAGUUUGUGAGGUUUGAUUUGCAAGUGGUGUAGGGUUGUAUAUUUGUUGUAAUAGAAAAUAAUAAUGGCUGCCUGUUGGGAAAAAACCUCAAGACUAAAUAAUCGGUUUAAACGAAAUUGUUAUCUAUGGACUAAA